AUGUUUACUGCACAAGUUGAUUAUAGAUGGGGUGACAUUGACCAGGUUGCCACACAACAUAACAAUGAUACCUAUCCAAUAAUAGACCUUGAAAAUGAAAUUGAACAAGACAAGGAGCAAAAUGAAAUAGAGAAAUAUGAUAUCAUAAUUGAUCUAAAGCAUGUGAAGAAUGCAAAAUCCAUACAUGCUACUUGUGGAGCUGGCACAGGCAAAACUUUUACAGCUAAAGUGCUUUUUGAAGCAAUGAUUCAAUUCUAUGAUAAGCAACUAGAUAGUGACCCGCUCAAGAUGAAAGGCAUAAUUGUAGCUUCCACAGGAAAAGCUGCAUUUAAUAUUGCAAAUUUUGGACUUGCAAAGCUUUCUUCUGAUGGCUUUACUAAUGUCUCUACAAUGCUUAUUGGAACUUUUGGGUAUUUGGCUCUUGAAUAUGCUUCAAGUCGUAAAUUGACAGACAAAUCAGAUGUUUUUUCUUUAGGUGGCAUGCUCCUUGAGUUGAUUACUGGGCUUAGGGUAGUAGAUUCACCUGCAUCAUUUACUAAAGGAAGUCUAGUAGAUUGGGCUCAACCCACCCUUACUCGAGCACUUGAAGAUGACAAUGUUGAUGAACUUGUUGAUCGCCAAUUAUUUGAUCUACAUUGGUGGCUAUUAUUGCAUUCUUGCCAACAAAACAUAAGGGAGCUAUUGGGUCACUUGAUUACAAUUCAUGAAUAUAUGUUGAAGAAGGCGACUCUUGCACCUGAACUUAGUCCUAUGACUGACAACCAAGAUGCCUCACAACCUGUAACAGCUGAGGUUGAAGACUAG